UGUCGGUAUAUUUUACUAAGGUACUUACACCGAUACUCACACCUACACUCCACCCAUAGCCAGUGUGUGGAUGAGGGUGUGGGUGUGGGUGUGGGGUGUGAAUGUGAGUGUGGGUGGAUGUGUGUGCAGUGAAAAGAAGAUACAUCCACACCGACACCCUAUUCAGCGGGAGGAGAAAAUCCUUCCGAAAACCCCUCUACCUGCUGUGGAUAUCCCUGGUGAAAGAUGAUGGGUUUGAGUAGUAUUAGUGAACUUUGUCCAUAUGAAUAAAAACUUACGGAACUCAUCAUCAUAGAAAAAUGCAUAUGUCGAUUUAAAUCUAUUAAUAGUGACAUUAUAUGGUUUACUUUCGGAAUAUGAUUUUUGGGAUGCCCUAUAUAUUUUGUUUGUAAAAAUUAAAAUUAGAAUUUUUUUAGGCAGUCGUGAUGAAGGUCAAUGGUCCGACCCGAAGGUUGAACCGAUUUGGAUCACAGCAACGAAACAGGCUAUAAAAUCGUCAGUACUCUUCUGGCCUGCAUGUCAUAAUGAAUUUAAUGGUAUUCGACUACUUAUCUACAGUUGGCCAUACAUGGACGCUAUAGCAUUUCGUGAGAAAAUUGACAAUGCCGUGUCUUAUUUUCGUGAGCUUCCUAUUCAACUUGUUUUACUCUAUCAUGAGUGA